AUGUUCCUACCUGAACGAUCGAUGACGAACACCAAUUCAGUUUUUCCUCCUUGUUUUGAGGAGAACUUGGAGAAAUCCGGCAAAAACUGUGCCAUAAUGCAAUCCAUGGUCGUGAUACCGGACUUCAACGAGAUUCCCGGCUCUGCCACAGCAAAGGAACGGAGAUAUUAUGAUUCAGAUCUACGAGGAGUAGAAAGAUUGUGUCAUCCCUUACACAUGCCGAGUUUCUAUCACGCUUGUCGGACCAUCGUGUCCAAACCCCUGCCGGAUCAGCAUAUUAAAACAGCUGCUAAUGCGGGCCACCGCGACAAAGAGCUGGGGUGA